AUGGGGGGGGGUGUGCUGGGGCGGGGGAACGUCUGGCUCCUGGGGGUCCUGCUGCUGCCUGCUCUCGGCCAUGCCGCCGCCCGGCCCCCAGCCCUGCGCCACCUCAGGUCCCACGCUGCGGCGCCGGGCAUCCAUCUGUGGCACAGGCGCGGUGGCGCGGCUCCUCACGGGCACGGAUCUCAUCCCACAGGUACGGUGGCCGUCUGGAACCUGCUCACCAAGUCCCUGCUGCAGUGCGUGCACCAGCCCGACGGCUCCCUCAAGCUCUACCCUUUCCGGUGCUUUCUAGCCCACGACCACGCGGUCCGGAGCAUGGAGUGGUGCAAGGCCGAUAGCAACUUCCUGGUCACGGCAGGGAGCGACCGCAAGAUCAAGUUCUGGGACCUGCGGCGGCCCUACGAGCCCAUCAACAGCAUCAAGCGCUUCCUCAGCACGGAGGUGGCCUGGCUGCUGCCCUACAACGGCGUCACCGUGGCCCAGGACAACUGCUACGCCUCUUAUGGUCUCUGCGGGAUCCACUACAUCGACGCCGGGUACUUGGGCUUCAAGGCUUAUUUUGUGGCCCCUCGCAAGGGGACCGUGUGGGUAAGAGGCUGGUGCAGGGUGGCUCUGUGCUGGGGGCUGUGUCAGAGAGGUGGGCCCCUGCCCCAAACCCGGCAUUGCCCAGCCGCAUGAGGCCCCGGCUCUUGGGGUCACCCUCUGCCCCUCGGACGGGGGACCAAGGUGGUGUCCCCCCCUGCGUUCAAGCUGUCAAGCUGCCUCAGAGCCCCCGUCCCCCACCGAGGGGCAGAGGGCGGGGCCCAGGGGCUGGGGUUGGGG